UGUACUCGGUGUUUACCUCGAAGCAGAGAGACGGUUGCUUGAAGUGCUAAGGAGUUGCUGGCUCCAGAUUUCUGGAUUCAAGAUCUAUACCUAUUUUGCUUUCAUUCAUCCAACUGAGUCCGGCAUGUGCCUGCUGCAACGUGGUCUGAGGACGAACUAACUUACUUACGACGACGAACUUAGUGGAAUCGCUGGACACUACGCAUCUAGACUUGCUCAAGGUAGGAAGAAAAUGGCGACACGGCGUCGACCAACUUACGUCGAAAUCGAAGGCCUUCGUCUCACAGCAGACUACCGGCCAGAAUUUGUGCAAGAAGCUUUACGGUUUAUUCCAGAACCGGGUGACAUAUUCCUGGUCACCUAUCCAAAGUGCGGAACGCACUGGCUGUCCCAAAUCAUUCAAUUAAUUCUGCACAAGGGAGAGUCUGCCGACAACUUCUUUCAGGCCCUGUCUUGGUCUCGCAUACCGGAGUUCCUCGGAACGGACGUCCUCGAAGACGCGCCCCGACCACGUUUUAUGAAGACGCAUCUGCCAUUUACUCGCCUAAACUUUAGCAACGUCGCAAAGUACGUGUACGUAACGAGGAAUCCGUGGGAUUGUUGCGUCUCUUUUUACCAUCACACGAAGACCUUUCCCGCUUACCACUGCGAAGACGUCUCCUUCGACGACUACUUCGAGAUGUUCAUUAAAGGAGAGACAGACCACGGAGACUACUUCGAUCACCUACUUUCAACGUACGCAUUGAAGAACGAAAGCAACGUGUUCUUCCUAACAUACGAGGACCUGAAGAAAGACACCAAGAAAUGGGUUCUGAGGUUAGCGGGCUUCCUCGGCGACGAAUACGCGCGAGCACUCCGGGACGAAAAUGUACUUGGACAAGUUUUGGAGAAAAGUACCGUGAGUUACAUGAAAACCGUGUACGAAAUGAGCGAAAGUAACCUGACGAGGGCAUUUGCGCAAGAAGAGUUACCGGAAGUGAUCCGGAAGAUCUGCGGGCAAGUCCUGACGUGGAAAGGGGACGGCGCUAGAUUGGGCUUUGUGCGCAAAGGCGAAGUUGGUGGGUGUAAAGCCUAUUUCAAGCCUGAUCAGUGGCAGAGACUGUGGGAGAAGUUGAACGACCGCUUGGGUCACACGGACCUAAUGAAUUUGUGGGACUGGGACAGUCUUCGUUGUAACGCGGUCGCAAACGGAACAGCCAAUUCUCUGGACAAAUAAAUUCGAGAUGAAUGUAUCGCUUUCCCUGCU